CACAAGAUCAUGGCCACUAACUACAGUGCCAACCAGUAUGAAAAAGCUUUCUCAUCAAAGUAUCUGCAGAACUGGUCUCCUGCCAAGCCAACAAAAGAGAGAAUCUCUUCUAAUGAAGGCUAUACUCAGAUCAUCGCCAAUGAUCGUGGUCAUCUGUUACCUUCCAUGCCCCGUUCCAAGGCAAAUCCUUGGGGUUCCUUCAUGGGCACUUGGCAAAUGCCUUUGAAGAUACCCCCUGCUCGGGUGACCCUGACAUCACGUUCAACUGCUGGUGCUGCCUCCCUCACCAAAUGGAUACAGAAAAAUCCCGAUUUACUUAAAGCCUCCAAUGGGCUGCGUCCUGAAAUCUUAGGCAAGCCCCAUGAUCCAGAUAGUCAGAAGAAACUAGGGAAGAAGUCUACCACAAAGACUGUCCAACAAGCACCAAGUCCAACGGUAAUUCCAUGCUCCCCAGCUGGCAACCCCAACUCCCCAGAUGAACUCCAAAGCUCACACCCUUCUGCAGGUCACACUCCAGGUCCCCAAAGCCCAGCCAAAUCUCCUAAGAGCCCGCUGGAAGAACAUGGUCCCUAAGAACAUGGUCCUCAUCUAACUGAGGUCCAGAAAAGCAAGCAUGGAACCUCAGAAAGAACCAAGGGCCAUACUGAGAAAAUCUGUCUAGAGGUUGAGUGAAUGAAGUAAAUAAGACACCCCAGUCAGAACUGUGCAACAGGGAAAUUACAGGGUGAGAGUAAAGCAAAUUUGGAAAAUAAACAUUGUUUUUUUAAAUCUUUUA